AUGUAAUUCAUAUCAAAUUAAAAUGAUUAAAAAAUUUUACACUUCAAUGUCACCAGAAAGCACUUUUUUCUUGACAGAAAUUACUGUUUAAAAUAUGAAAAACAAACCCUCAUAAUGAGUUCUGUAAGUUAUAAGAUUUAUGCUUUAGGGAACAGAUUUUAAGAAACCAAAAUAUGUUUUAGAAUUAUCCCCCGAUACUGAAUUUGAAUGGAUUAUUAGAAAUCAGUAACUAAUUGGUUUUCUAUUUCCUUACUAAAAUAAAAUGAAAGAGUUUUACGGUGACAGUGAUGAUUUAUAAAAGCUUAAAAAAUAACUUGGAAAAACAAUACUUUUCAAGUCUUUAAUUGUUCAUUACAGAUUUUUACUAGAUUUGGAUCAAGGAGCUUUUGGCAUAGUAAUAUCUUAUAUAUUUUAGGUAUCGUUGUAAUACAACUAUAUAACAAAUAACAAGUUUGCGAUAAAGACUUUGACAGCAUCUAAUAAAUAAUGUUAAAAAUAAAUCAUGAAUGAAAUAAUGACUUUGAGAUAUCUAGAUCAUCCCAAUAUUAUUAAAUUAUAUGAAGUUUUUAAAACAAAUUAAACAUUUUCUCUAGUGACUGAAUAUAUUGAUGGAAAAACCUUAAAACAAUUAUCGACUGAAGUUAACUAAAUUUAAGAUAUUUAAAUAUUAUGCUUGCUAAAGGUAAUAAUGGUAGUCAUUAAAUUAGUAAUUAUUUGAAGGCUUAUCCUUUAUUCAUAAAAACAACAUUAUUCAUAGAGAUUUAAAACCUUCAAAUUUAAUAUUAUAAAAAGAUGGAUUAUUAAAAAUAAUUGAUUUUGGUUUAGCAUGUUUUGAUUUUGAUUAACUCCAAAACUCUCUUAAAUGUGGUACUUCUGGCUAUUGCGCUCCAGAAAUUUUAUAAAAUUUAGCAAAUAAGAAUUAAUAUGAUAGUAAAGUUGAUGUAUUUAGUGCUGGAUGUGUACUUUAUAAAUUAUAAACUUCUCGAAGUUUAUUUGAAGCAGAGACAUCUAAACUAGUCUUAAAAAAAAAUAAAAAUUGUUUAUAUCACAUAAAAUAAUAAGGAAGAAUAUUUGAUUUAAUAAGAAUUUUAGUGAAACCUAAUCCUUUAGAUAGACCUACAAGUUUGCAAGUUUUUUAAUUAAUUUAAAAAAUGAUUGAAGAUGAUACUUUUGAUGUAAAUACCUGGUACAGAAAUACAUUUAAUACAAAUCAAUCAAUCCAAAAUUUACCGAAUAACACCUCAAAUAAUGGAAAUCUCAGUAAUUCACAAUUAAAAACUUUAUCAACACCAAAUAGUUCUAUUUAGUUUUUUUCUAAUCCAACAAAUAAAAUUAUGAAAUGA